CACUAAUAUCUUUAUUGCUCUCAUUGCCGCUAAAAAUAAUUUCAAGAGUAAGAUGUUUACCAAAUUGAGGUUCGAUUGUUAUCUGAAUACGGAUCUAAAGAGGUGAAGUUAAAAAGAAUCGUGUGACUUGAUAUAAUAUUUUGAUCAUCUUUCGCAAUCAAGAUUUUGUUCUCUAUAAGAUUUUUUGUGUUUCUACUUUUCUGUCACCAAUAAUCUAUGUGAACUGUUCCCAAGUAAUGUUUUGUUUUGACAUAAAGUCUCAAUAAAAAUAAAGCAAGUGCUUAAAUACCAACAACAGUGCUUAUGGAUAAUCUUGCAACUAUUUUAAAAUAUUAAAAGUGAAAUAUUUUGUUUACAAUUGAUAACUGUAGCACUUUAUUUUUUAUAUGAUAUGAACAGCAAAAACAAUAAAAUAAUUGCGUGCAAUGAGUCCAUUUCGUGUUAGAAAAACAUCACUACCAAUUAAAGUUAUUACAUUUGAGUCGGAACUUGAGUUUAAUAUUGAAAAGACUGCUACUGGACAAAAUCUUUUUGAUUUAGUAUGUCGAACAACCGGCCUUCGUGAAUCAUGGUAUUUUGGUUUACAAUAUGUUGAUUUUAAUGAAAAUGUCUCUUGGCUAAAAAUGGAAAAGAAGGUCAAAGAUCAACGUAUUCAGCUACAGACGAAUGGCGUAUAUGUAUUUAGUUUUUAUGCAAAGUAUUUUCCUGAGAAUGUUAGCGAGGAACUUAUCCAAGAAAUAACUCAACACUUAUUCUUUCUGCAAGUAAAACGGAGUAUAUUGUCAAUGGACAUUUACUGCAGACCCGAAGCAUCUGUAUUGCUUGCUUCCUAUGCUGUACAUGUUCAGUAUGGACCAUAUGAUUAUGAAACUUACAAAGACGGAAUGCUAUCUGGAGCGGAUUUAUUACCAAAAAAUGUUAUUAGUCAAUAUCAAAUGACUCCAGAAAUGUGGGAAGAACGAAUAAAAACUUGGUACAUGGACCAUGAACCAAUGUCACGCGACGAAGUCGAAAUGGAGUAUUUAAAAAUAGCUCAAGAUUUGGAUAUGUAUGGAGUGAACUAUUUUCCCAUUACUAAUAAGAAUAAAACUGAAUUAUGGCUUGGAGUCACUGCUGUGGGGUUGAACAUAUAUGACUAUAAUAACAAAUUAUCUCCAAAAACAACAUUUCAGUGGAAUGAGAUACGGCAUGUAAGCUUUGACGACAAGAAAUUUAUAAUACGUUUAGUAGAUGUCAAAUCAUCGAGUUUUAUAUUUUAUUCUCACGACUUACACAUAAACAAAAUGAUUUUAGAUUUGUGUAAAGGCAAUCAUGACUUAUAUAUGCGACGUCGCAAACCCGAUUCAAUGGAAAUACAGCAAAUGAAAUCACAAUCCAAGGAAGAGAAGCAUCGACGUCAAAUCGAACGUAAAAAAUUCAUUAGGGAGAAAAAACUUCGCGAAAAAUCGGAACAAAUGAGAUUCGAUUUAGAAAAGAGACUAGAAGUAUUGCAGGAUGAAAUGAGAAUGCAGGGUGAUGCUUUGCGCCGAUCUGAAGAAACGAAAGACCUUUAUUUUGAGAAAAGCCGUGUAAAUGAAGAACAAAUGCAGCUAACAGAAUGUAAAGCUAAUCAUUUUAAAACAGAAAUGGAUCGUCUGCGUGACCGCCAAUUAAAAAUUGAACACGAAAAAAAUGAACUAGAAAAAAAAAUUAGAGACGCCGAUUACUUUGUACAUCGGUUAACAGUUGAAAAAGUUAAACGCGAAGCAGAAGCAGAAAAACUUAAAAAGGAACUUAUUUGUGCUAAAUUGGCAGAGAGGGAAGCAACUGCGCGAUUAUUGCAAUUUCUUAAUGGAAGCAAAACUUCUGCUGAUAGUAUGCUGACAUGUUCAUUGUCUACAUCUAAUAACACACAGUCAAUUAAAAGUAACUCAACUGCAAGUUCGGAAACUACCGAAGCUGUAGAGUUAACAAUUGACCUUCUGGGAGAGAGUUCAACAGAUGAUCAAAUUAAUGACGAAUUCGAACCGAAGGAGUUUAUACUUACUGAAAAUGAAAUAGAGCAUAUUUCGAAUGAAUUAGCACGAAUUGAAUAUUUGAAAAAAACCAAGCAAAUGCAAAACCAGUUGCAAACAUUACGUUCCGAAAUUGAGCUUCUUAAGAUCGAAGAAAAUCAGAGCAAUCUUGACGUUCUAAGUGAAGCUCAAAUCAAAGCAGGUGAAACUAAAUACUCAACACUAAAAAAAUUGAAAUCGGGCUCAACUAAAGCGAGAGUAGCUUUUUUUGAAGAACUAUAGUGUAAUAUUCUUUAAAUUAUUUCUGAAUAAAAUAUUCAAUGUUUUCGAAAAUACUACUGAGA